AUGGGGACUCUCUGGAGCCAGGAGAGACCUCCAGAAGAGGGGCAACCCAUUGAACAGAGCAGAUGGUGGCCCAGGGCCAGACGGCUGCUACUGGCUGUCCUGAUUUUAGGUCUGCUCCUUGGUUCUUCCAUCAUUUUGUUCUACAUCUUCCGGAGCUGUGGACCUCGCUUCUGUGAGAUGCCCAUGUGUUUGCAUCUCCCGGAUCAUUAUCUGGCCUCUGGGAACACCAGAGCGGCACCCUGCACUGACUUCUUCAGCUUUGCCUGUGGAAAGGCCAAGGAAACCAGUAAUUCUUUUCAGGCCCUUGCUGAGGAGAAUAAGAGCCGACUUCGGAGAAUACUGGAAGCCCCAGGAUCCUGGCAUCUGGGGUCUGGGGAGGAGAAAGCCUUCCAGUUCUACAACUCCUGCAUGGACACAAGUACCAUUGAGACUGCAGGGACUGGUCCCCUCAGACAAGUGAUUGAGGAGCUUGGAGGCUGGCCAAUCUCCGGUAAUUGGACUUCCUUAGACUUUAACGGAACUCUGAGACUUCUGAUGAGUCAGUAUGGUCACUUCCCCUUCUUCAGAGCUUAUCUGGGACCUCAUCCCGCCCCUCCACACACACCAGUCAUCCAGAUAGACCAACCAGAGCUUGACAUUCCCCUCAAGAAAGAGCAGGAACAGAAGAUCUAUGCCCAGGUCAUGCGGGAAUACCUGACUUACCUGGAUCAGCUGGGAACCUUGCUGGGAGGAGACCCAGUCAAGGUGCAAGAACAUGCCUCCUUGUCCAUCUCCCUUACCUCACGGCUGUUCCGGUUCAUGAGACCCCUGGGGCAGCAGCAGGCACAGGGAAAGCUCUUCCAGAUUGUCACUAUAGACAAACUGCAGGAAAUGGCCCCUACCAUCGACUGGUUAUCCUGCCUCCAAGCAACAUUCACAUCGAUGUCCCUGAACCCCUCCCAGACCGUCAUGGUACAUGACCUGGAUUAUUUGAAAAACAUGUCACAACUGGUGGAAGAAGAGCUGUUGAGCCACGGGUUUGUUCCAGGUGGGAUCAGGGAGGUACAGGGCAGAGGAAAGAGUCUGAAGACCCAGAGGUCUCAGGAACACAGGUGA